AGCGGAAGGCAAUGUGGCUGUGCUGGACGCUGGGGGAGGAGGGGGAGCUGUCGAGAAAGGCGGUGAAGGCGAAGCUAAUGGUGACAGUCAAAAGCUCUCCAGCCGCAGAAAAGGAAGCGGGAAACAUAAGGGUUCCGCAUGAGCAUCGACUCCGCCAGUCCUCCGCCAACUGUCUCGCGAGACACACCCUCGCGAUCGUGAUCGUUACCGCGACGGAGUCGGCGAGAGCGGUACCGACCACAGAGAGGGCGAUGUGAGGGAGAGUGAGACAGUUACAGGAGAGAGAGACAGAGAGGCCGACUACUACUCACAUAAGGAACGCGACCGCGACGGAUACAGAGGAAGGUGGAGAGGUGAUAGGGAUCGCUAUCAUCCACCGCCACGCUACUCUAGCCAUCCCGUACACGAUUAUGGCGGAGGGAGACGAAGCUGGCGGUCUUACCCACAAGGAGGAGGACGAGGAGCUGGUGGAAGCGGGGGUUUCCAGUAUCCUCAGCCUCAUGCUCAGAUGCAGUACUACAAUGGUCCCAUGUCCGGAGGGGCCCCGGGGGGCAUGUACUACCAGCAAUUUCCGGCCCCCAUGUACUACAACCCCAGUCCCCCCAUCCCUCCCAUGGACAAGGGGACUCUUCAGGACUGCAUCCGUACACAAAUAGAAUACUACUUUAGUGACGAAAAUCUUCAGAAGGAUUUCUUUCUGCGACGACAGAUGACCCACGAGGGCUACGUUCACCUGACCGUGAUUGGAAGGUUCAACAGAGUGCGGGCUCUCACUCAGGACCCGGUGGCCAUCAAGGAGGCAAUGGUCGGCAGCACCUUUGUCGAGAUGGCUCCAGAUGGAAAACACUUGAGGCAGCGAGAGGGUUGGCAGAGGUGGGUGGUGCAGGGACAGACCCCUGGCCAACCUGGAUACCCUGGUCCUGGAGGGUUCCAUCAGUUUGUACCCCCGGAGGGUUACGAGGGGGGCGGGGGAAUAUCUCCCCUCACUCCCCCAUUCAUUGUGGGUCCCCACGGCCAUCCUCUCAUGGAGGGACUCGAGGUGCCUCCAGAAUUUAUGCCGGCACUUGGCAUUGCCUUGGACAGUAGGGGAUACUAUGGACCAGAGCCUCCAGUGGACUAUGGCGACAUCUCCCCUCACUUUUCAACCUCCGACGUUGAGAGUGGUCAGACUAGUGGGAUAGAGAGCGAGGCUACGGGGUCGGAGAUCCACGACACUCACUCCGUCGACCGCUCCCCUCCCUCCCACCCUCACUCCACCAUCACCUCUGGCAGCAGUAGCAGUGGUGGGGCCAGCGAGCGAGACAGAGAGGGGAAGGAGGGAGGAGGGGGAGGGGUUGCGAGGGUGGACAGUGGGGUUGGGAAGGAGGAGUGGGUGUCGGUUCAGAGGAAGAAGAAGCCUUCCGGAGGAGAAGGAAGGGGGUCAAAGUCUCGGCAGCAGCCGGGAGAAGACCACACCCACAGGGCGGAGUCUCAUUCAGAGGACCUGGGCUUCCAGUUUGACGAGGAGUUCCAGGAGUUGGGAGGAAAGAAGCACGGCUUCUCUGAGCAGCCUUGGGACCCUGACAGGUCAACAACCAGCUCCACCGAUGACGAAAUGGACGACCACGAAUUGGGGAAGCUCCUGAUCGUUACCCAGACCUCCCACGCCUCUCCCGCCGGGACCAGGAAACACCCGGGCGGAGACCGAACCGGAAACUUCCUGUCUCGAGCCAAAGUGACGGCCGAAAUCGCCAAAACCAUCAACGAUGGCCUUUACUUCUACGAACAGGAUCUUCAUUUCGAUACUGAGGGGGAGGAGUCUUAUCGCACGAGAAAACACAAUGUGCAUCCUAAAGUGGGUCUGGUGACAAAGGAAGAGUUUGAGACCCAGAGAGGAGGGGAGGAGGGAGGGAGGGAGGGGGAGGAGGGGGACGGGGAGAUGGUGUUCCCUCUCGACCUCCAGGAGGGGGCCGGGGGAGGAGGAGAGACGGAAGGACACGUGGAAGGUGAGGCUCCUCAAAGGGAAGCAGCUGUCCAGACACCUUCAGUGGAGAAGAAAGAUGAAGCUGUGCCGACUAGUCAGCCCUACGUUCCGCCAGGACGCAGGGAGCAGCUACGAGAGGGUCCUCCCUGUCUCAUUCCCAGACCUGGAGACAGGGCACGGUUCUAUCCCGUUCCAAUCAAACAUGAGCAACCCUCUGAACAGCAGUUUCCGCCGAAGCAGAAAACCAAGUACAGUAAGGAUCCUCCGGUGGAGAGCCACGUUGGCUGGGUUAUGGCGGGAAGACCUCCACGGUCUCGUCAGAGUUCCUCUGGUCCCAACUAUGAUCUUGUGAGCAGUCCUGAUCUCCACUCGAGCUCGCCGGCUGCCCACUCCAUCCCCACCUUCCAACAUCCCUCCCACACCCUCCUCAAAGCCAGCGGCUUCCAACAACAGCAGUACCACAAGUUCCGGCACAGGUGCCUCAAAGAGAGGAAGAGGUUGGGUGGUGGUAAAUCGCAAGAAAUGAACACUCUUUUCCGUUUCUGGUCGUUUUUCCUUAGGUCGCACUUCAACAGAAAAAUGUACGAGGAGUUCAAGACGUAUGCUCUAGAAGAUGCACAACUAGGCUACAGGUAUGGAUUGGAGUGUCUGUUCAGGUUCUACAGCUAUGGACUGGAGAAGAAGUUUCGUAUGGCAGUCUUCGCUGAUUUCCAGGAGGAGACACUCAAAGACCAGGACGCUGGCUUUUACUAUGGCCUCGAAAAAUUUUGGGCUUUCUUAACAUAUUACAAGGGUAAGGCAAACUUUACAGUGGACCCAGAGCUAAAAAAGAGACUGGAUGACUUUAAAACUUUGGAUGACUUUAGACUGGCAGUAAGUAGAAGUACCCUCAGAACCUUCUGAUCUUAUGUCAUAAACAUUCCCUCUAUCAACCAUCGUCUGUGUGUGAGCAGCAAGGAUUACCUCCCCCCUCGUCCUCCUCUUCCUCUUCCUCCAAAUCUCCACAAUCCUUGACUGCAACUCCUAGCAAGAAGUCCACAGGUUCAGGCUCUCAAUCUCAACAUCUUCAACAGCAGGCCACUUCGGUUGGCUCGUCUUCCCCCCUCUCCCCUCCUCCCCCUCCCACCCACUAGCCACAGAGACCUCUCUCCCUCAUCCAUCUACUGUUGUUACAGGUCUUCUUCCCACUCAUGUGAAGACAUUCUCACACCACUUUCUCAAACUUAAAAGAACACUUGGGCACUUCUCUUGCAAAAUGUCACCAUCACUUUGCCCCUUUCGUUAUUUAGUAGUAUGUGUGUUUAUCAAUCUUCCUCAUCCCCCACUCUCUCCCUCUUUUGGAUCAUUGUAGCAUAAUUAUAUUAUAGCCAAGAAGUCGUUAAUAUUAUGUUUGUGUUGGUUUUCCUAACCUAGGUUCAUCAUGUGUUGUAUUGUAAGAGCUAAGUUGAGUAUUCCAACAAAUUUGUAAAUACUAGUGUAGUUUGUGUUGGAGUCACUAUCAUGAUGUUUAUUUCCUAUGUGUCACUUUAGACUUUAGAGCAAUUCCCAUGUUCGUUUUCCA